CAAGCAAACGGCAAGCACUCGACGGCUGUCGACUCAUCUGCAGACCAAAUUAUCCACUCGCUUCGCCUCCCACUCCCCCGAGCUCGCACGCACGCCGCGGCGGAGCGCCGCCGCCGCCAUGGCCUCCACGUCCACCUUCCUCUCGAUGCGGAUCCCCACCCCAUCCCCUGCCCACGCCGCCUCUUCGCCUUCCCUCCCGCUUCCCCUGCUCCGGCAGGCGCGGGGCGGCGCGGCGUCCUCGGCUCUGGUGGCACGGGCGGCGCCGGGAGCUCCGUCGCCGCUUUUCAACCCCAGGGGAGACCCUUUCCUGUCCACCCUCGCGGCUGCAUCACCGGAGGACCUAGUGGCCGCCGCUGGUGGCGAGCGCCGCGGCGAGGACCACCUGCCGUUCCUCGAGAUCUUCCAGAACGCCAAGCUCAUGGCCUCGCCCGCGCAGGUGGAACGUUCUAGCAGUUCUUACAGUCAACACAGACCUAGAAGGCCUCCACCAGAUUUGCCUUCAUUGCUUCUUCAUGGUCGAAUUGUUUAUAUUGGAAUGCCGUUGGUGCCAGCAGUGACUGAGCUUGUUGUUGCCCAGUUGAUGUACCUUGAAUGGAUGAACAGUAAAGAGCCUGUUUAUAUAUACAUCAACUCAACAGGAACAGCUCGUGAUGAUGGUGAACCGGUCGGGAUGGAGAGUGAAGGUUUUGCCAUCUACGAUGCAAUGAUGCGUAUGAAAGCUGAGAUCCACACACUCUGUAUAGGAGCUGCAGCUGGUCAUGCUUGUCUUGUGCUUGCAGCUGGAAAGAAAGGCAAACGCUAUAUGUUCCCUCAUGCUAAAGCUAUGAUUCAACAACCUCGUAUACCAUCAUAUGGGAUGAUGCAAGCAUCAGAUGUUGUUAUUCGAGCAAAGGAGGUCGUGCACAACAGGAACACAUUGGUCAAGCUUUUAGCAAGGCAUACGGGAAAUCCACCAGAGAAAAUAGACAAGGUAAUGAGAGGGCCAUUUUACAUGGACUCCUUGAAGGCAAAGGAGUUUGGAGUCAUUGACAAGAUCCUUUGGCGCGGUCAGGAGAAGUACAUGGCUGAUACGCUCUCCCCAGAUGAGUGGGACAAAGUUGCUGGAGUCAGACGCCCUGAUCUAAUGUGAUGUUGCAUACUGGAACAUCAGUACUUAGCUCAAAGCUUGCAAGGGGGCGGAAACAGCUGUCGCUGAACAAUAACGCUCAGUUGUCAAUUGCGACUGUCGGCAAGAGCCAAGGGGAACUUGUAUUACUAGAUAAGUGUAGAUUAGAGCACGGCCCAUCAAAAUAUUAUGGUGUCUGGAUGAGAGCUGGGACGAGCUUUCCACGAAGCCAUUGUUGUUCCUCUCAUUAGUAUCAGGCCGGAUUUUGGUAUUUACUGUUAGUAUAUAGUCCACCCAUUUUGAUCGACCCAAAUGUUGAACUAGCCAAGCUCAUAGUAUUAUCAGCACGAGAUGACGAUUGGGGAUGUGAUAUGUUACCUAGAAAUUUCCAUUGCCAGAAUGCCCUUAUGAUCUGGACGUCUGCGAAUCCGAUCUA